AUGGGCCCAAGUGGCUCGGGAAAAUCGACUCUGCUCAAUACACUAGCCUGUCGUCUUGAUGUAAAUACAAAGGUCACAGGGGAAAUGAGGUUAAACGGCACACCAUACGACAAUGCUGAGUUGAAGCGAAUUGCCGGUUAUGUCAUGCAGGAUGACAUGCUCAACGGUCAACUGACAGUUGAAGAGACAUUACAUUAUACCGCAGAACUUCGUUUACCACGUGCAUUUAAUGCAAAACAACGUAAUGAACGAGUAAAUGAUGUCAUGAAGGACAUGGGUCUGACUCAUGUGAAAGGUGUUAUUGUUGGUACCCCGCUAAAAAAAGGUAUUUCAGGCGGGGAACGAAAACGUUUGUGCGUCGGAAUGCAGCUUCUCUCCCGACCUCAACUGCUCUUUUUGGAUGAACCUACUUCGGGUCUCGAUUCAGUUACAGCGUUGGAUCUUCUGAAGACAUUUCAUGUACUAGCACACGGCAAAUCACAAGAAAAAGCUGUCACAAUCGUCUGCUCUAUCCAUCAGCCUCAAUCAAAAAUAUUCGGCCUGUUUGAUUCGCUUAUUCUUCUCAAAAACGGUAAUAUCUUGUAUCAAGGUCCACGAAAGCAGGCAAUGGAAGUGUACAAACAUGCUGGCUAUGCGUGUCCAAUGUAUACAAAUCCAGCCGAUCAUUUGCUUGAUGUCGUUACUCCUUCGAAAGGCGGAGUAUCCGAUGAGCUCGAAUACAAAGAAGAUAGUGACCUUAAAAUUGUGCAGGGUCAGCCACCGAUAAAUAUCGAUUUAAACCUUGGUGUUACUAAACGUCUCCUUCAAAACAAGGUAGCCCCCGGUCCAUCUUGGCCCAGACAGGUUGGCAUUCUUCUACGACGAACUUUUCAAGAGCAAUAUCGUAAGAAAAAGAUACUGCUUGCAUCUUUAUUGCAAACCGUCAUCAUGGCAGUUCUCGUCGGUACCGUUUUUCUUCAAAUCGGUACUGGUCAAAAAAGUAUUAUUCGUCGACAGCCAGUACUUUUUUUCUGCGCUGUGAAUCAGGGUAUCUUUGGCGCGUUGACCGUCAUUAAUACGUUUCCGGUUGAACGAGCAUUGACACUGCGUGAACGUGCGUCUGGCACCUAUCUCGCAUCCGCUUAUUUUGUUUCGAAAAUUAUUGUCGAAACACUCGUCCAGUUACCUGUACCCAUUUUAUUCUCGAUCUCCGUGUAUUUUCUCAUUGGACUCCAACCUUUGCCCGGAAAUUUUUUUCUCUUUCUACUAUUCAUGGUACUGUGUUCAAUGGCAGCGACUAGUUUGGCACUUAUGAUAUCAGCAUUAUGUAAAACAACCGAUUUGAGCGUUGCCGUAUUACCAAUGGCACUCGAAGUCUCCAGACUGUUCGGCGGUUUCUUUUUGUCACCGGCUAAUUCACCAAAAUAUUUUUCUUGGUUGGACGCUCUGAGUUAUGUUAAAUAUACUUAUAUUGGUAUUAGUCUGAACGAACUCACUGGUCUUCAACUAUCUUGCGAUAAUGUUACCAACUGUGAGACUGAUGGACAAGCGUUUAUUAAACCAUACGGAUUCGAUUACAUACCCAUCGGCGGGUGUGUUGGAGCUUUACUCGCCUAUAUUAUAGUAUGCCGUAUUAUUGCAUUUUUAGGUGUAAGAUUUCUAAAACAUUAA